AAUAGUAUUUUAAUUAAUUUUAUAAUCAAAUAAAUACAUUUAUAAGCAUAGUUAAAAUAUUAGUAAUGGUAAGUAUAAAUAUUUUGGACGGACAGACGGAUAGAUGAGCGCGUGCGCUCCUCUCGUGGCCGUGUAUAAAUAACAGGUGCAGUAUGCACAAGAGUAGGCUACAUUACAGUCUAAUUACAGCCAGUAUGAGCGGACGAGUAGGAGAUCUCAGUCCUAAACAAGGCGAGGCUUUGGCACAGUUUCGUGAGAGAAUAGAUGAUGUUUUUGACCAGCUGCCCAUUCAGAAUGAUCAUUACCUGCUCCGCUGGCUCAGAGCCAGGAGCUUUAAUGUCCCAAAGGCUGAGAGCAUGCUUAGAAAGAACCUGGAGUUUCGCAAGCAUAUGAAAGUCGACAAAAUCAUCGAUAACUGGAGGCCACCAGAGGUCAUUGAGCGAUAUGUGUCUGGUGGGUUGUGUGGUUAUGAUCGUGAAGGAAGUCCAAUCUGGUAUGACAUCAUCGGCCCUCUUGACCCGAAGGGCCUUUUACUAUCGGCCAGCAAACAAGACUGUCUCAGGACCAAAGUCAGGGAUGCUGAACUUCUACGAAAAGAGUGCGAAAAGCAAACUGAAAAGCUCGGCAAGUACAUCGAAUCGAUCACCAUCAUUUAUGACUGUGAGGGGCUUGGCAUGAAACAUCUGUGGAAACCUGCUGUUGAGAUGUAUGGUGAGGUUCUAACCAUGUUUGAAGAGAACUAUCCAGAGAGUCUUAAAAGACUGUUUCUUAUCAAAGCCCCUAAACUCUUUCCUAUCGCAUACAACUUGAUCAAACAUUUCCUUCGUGAAGAAACAAGGCAGAAGAUUAUUAUACUGGGUGCCAACUGGAAAGAGGUAUUAAGGAACUAUAUAGAUGCAGAUCAAUUACCUGUAGCUUAUGGAGGCUCCAGAACCGAUCCUGAUGGAAACCCGUACUGUAAGACCAUGUUAAAUUAUGGAGGAGUAGUGCCGAAGUCGUAUUACGUGCGGGAAUCUAUAAAAGUCCAAUAUGACCAAAGCAUCACUAUUGGUCGUGGUUCCUCCCACCAGGUGGAGAAUGAGGUUCUCUUCCCAAACUGCUUAUUACGAUGGCAGUUUGUGAGUGAAGGAUCUGAUAUUGGUUUUGGACUUUUCCUGAAGACAAAAGGGAAUGACACAAAUAAAGGGGAAGCCAUGCAGGAAAUCCUUCCUGUCCAACGUUACAAUUCCCAUCUAGUGCCAGAAGACGGAUCUUACACCUGUGAGGAUCCAGGCAUCUAUGUUAUAAGAUUUGACAACACCUACAGUGUGAUUCAUUCGAAGAAGAUCAGCUUCACUGUGGAUGUGCUCCUACCUGAGGGAAAUAUAGUGCCUAAAAAGCAGGCAUGAAUCAGAUCCCAGUGGAAUCAGACCUUAUCUCAUAUUACAUAAUGUAUUAAUUUUUAGUACCCUAUGUUUGAACCAUGUAAAUCGAGUAGUUUUGUGUAAUUGAACAGUUGGAUCGUUGUGAAAUGUGAUUCGAAGGGCCGGUUUCCCCGACAGGGUUUAGAUUAAUCCAGUUAUAUUUGUUUUCAUGUUAUAUUAGUAGUUUUUACAAUCAUAUCUUAUAAAAAACAGUACUGGUGUGCAUCUUGAGACAAAACAAUGCACUGAGAUAUGUUAAGAUAAGUCAGUGCAAAAUAUUUUUAAAUUAAGAUAGCUUAAACAUGCAUUUUCAUCUGGGACUAGGAUAAGCCCUGUCCGGGAAACCCCACAAAUCCUGUUCUGUACUUUGGCAGUCCCUAAAUGAUGCUCUAUAAGCAUUUCCAAAAUCUGGAAAGUGAACAUGUUGGCAAAGUAAAUGUGCCUUAAAACAGUCAACACUCAACAGUAAAACUAAAAACAAACCUCAGCAAGCAGUAUUUUGACAUACAGUUGUAACUUUGAAAUAUGUUUUGUAUGAAAGAGGCAGAAAUGCAGACAGAUGGAGACUCCAGGUAGGCUAUAAAUGUUAAUUAUGUACUCUAUUUUAUCAUCAUAAUGACUUAAUUUAAUUGUCAGUAAUUUUAUUACAAUAAAUUGGAAGUUAAACGCAUUUAAAUUUAGUGGAGGCUUAUACUAGAAUAAUUGAAAUAUUUAGCUAGAACAAUAUUUGACGCAUUUUUUAAAUGUGAAUAAAAUACAUUGAUCUAAAAAUAAAAAACUAUAUAAAACA